CUGAAACCUCAUCUGAUUCAUCAUCUGAUAACAUGAAUCUUCUCCAUCUACGCACCUCGCCUGUCGCCAUUACAUCGCCGCUUUCUUUUCGCCAAAUCUAUCUCAAAGCAAAGAGAAAGAGGGCCAAAACACGUCAACUCAAAUUCCGCCGGAACGCCGACGGUAUCGGAUCCCUCCCAGGCCUCCCCUAUCCGAAGUCAUCCCCCACCCCGCUCCUCAUCCCCGAGACGUCUACCGCCCUGACCCGCGACGAAGCCCUCGAGCGCAUAUUUCUCGACCUGCAGUCCGCUCUCGCCGGCGGCAUACGCGUCGAACCCUCCACCUUCUCCUCCCUCCUUGAGCUCUGCUACCGCAUCGAUCCUUCCCCACGCCGUGCCGCCGCUCUCCACCGCCUCGUCCCCGCCUCCCUCCUUCAUUCUAGCCCCAACCUCUCCUCCAAGCUGAUUCGUCUCUACGCCUCCUGCGGCCUCGUCGAGCAAGCCCACAACCUGUUCGACAACUUGCCCCGCAGUCAUAAAGCAGCUGCCUUCCCCUGGAACGCCCUCAUUUCCGGCUACGCAGACGCAGGCCUCCACGAGGAUGCUAUGGCACUCUACCAUCAGAUGGAGGAGGAGGACGUCGAGCCUGACCGCUUCACCUUCCCUCGCGUCAUCAAAGCCUGCGCUGGCCUCGGAUCGGUCCCUCAUUGCGAGUCCGUACACCGCCACCUCGUCCGCUCCGGUUUCGCCACCGACCCUUUCGCGCUCAACGCACUCGUCGACAUGUACGCCAAAUGCGGCGACAUCGCCCGUGCCCGUCGUAUCUUCGAUCAGAUCCCGGACCGCGAUCCCAUCGCCUGGAACUCCAUGCUUAACGGCUACAUACGUCAUGGAUUGUUUCCUGAAGCCAUUGAAACCUGCAGAAGAAUGCUAGCGGAUGGGUUCGAGCCAGAUACUGUGACCGUCUCCUCGUUGCUCGCCGGUUGUGCUUCUGCGAACUGCAACAUCGGCCUCGAAAUCCACGGCUGGGUCCUCCGCCGUGGGCUCCAGCGAGCCGUAUCCGUAGCCAACUCCUUGAUCACCAUGUACUCUGUGUGCGGCCAAUUAGCCCAGGCGAGGUUCAUUUUCAAUUCCAUGCCGGAAAAGGAUUUGGUGUCCUGGAACGCCAUUAUCUCCGCCAACAGAAGAGACCGGCGGGUGCUCAGUAUAUUCCGGCAGAUGUUGGAAUCAGGGAUGGUGCCGGAUGACGUAACCUUUGUGUCGUUGCUCUCGGCCUGCGCCAAUUUGGGCCUUGUAGAAGUUGGGCGGAAACUGUUUGAUGAAAUGCAAGUGAGACAUGGAAUAAAGCCUGGAAUGGAGCAUUACGGGUGCAUGGUGAACUUGCUUGGAAGAGCUGGAUUGGUUGAGGAGGCCUUCGAGCUUGUGUCAAGGAUGAUGCCGUUUGAUGGUGGCCCGACGGUGUGGGGUGCGCUGCUUUAUGCGUGCUCGGUGCACCGCAAUGUUACCACAGGGGAGACGGCAGCAGAGCGGUUGUUCGAGCUGGAGCCGGACAAUGAGCACAAUUUUGAGCUGCUCAGGAGGAUAUAUAGCGAUGCAGGGAGGCUAGAAGAUGUGGAGAGAGUGGAGAAGCUGAUGAGAGACAGAGGAUUGGAAUGCAGGUCAGUUCUAUAGGAAUAGUGGACUUUUGAUUUUUUUUUAAUAUUAUUUUAUUUAUUAGUAAUAUUAUAUAUAUAUAUAUAUAUAUAUAUAUAUUGAAUUGAUUACUUUAGUAAAAGAGUAGUGCAGUUCAUUAAUUGAUGAAUGCUAAAGUCCUGAUACGUGAGAGUUGUGUAGCAUGAUUUUAUAUUUCUAUAUUAUUUUGUGUUAAUACUAUGUAUAGCUUAGUAAGUAUGAGCUGAACAUUGGGAACAUUAGAUUUUCGCA